GUGCAGCGAGAGCAGAGCCGGGGGACGAACGGCACGUUGCGUGAACGCCCGCGUCCCGCUCACACGACCCUGCAACGCGUCUUUGCCGCGUCUGAAUGCCCCCGCUGCAGGCACCUUCCUGAGGGGGUUCUGCCUACCGAGAAAUAGCACAUGAGCUCUUGGGAGCCUGGAGUGGCCUCCCAAUGAACUCCCUACGAAAUAAGGGGGAAUUAAAGCGAGGGGAAAGCGGGGACCGUGGUACGCACGCGCCGCGCCCUGCCCGUAGAGCGGCUCGCUUGGGCUUCACGAGCAAGAAUGCGCACGCGCCGAAUCCUCCUCCUCCUCCUCCCCCCCCCCGGGCAGCCCGGUCGGUAGAGCACCAGUAGAAACAGUGCGCGUGCGCAGACUAAGCAAACGGUACCGCCCCUUUCCCUAGUACGCAUGCGCACUCGGUUUGGCGCUAAAUUUGGGCUUUUUAAGGCUCGCUCGGGCGCGUCCUUGGCUCUUUCAUCUCUUCAGACCUGCAGCGCCGGGCCUUCCCUGUCAGCGGAGCCAACAUGAUCGGACAGAAGUCGCUGUUUUCAUAUUUUACGCCGGAUUCGGAUAGAAAGCGCUGUCGCUCUUCGGAACCGGAGGAGACUGAAGGGGCCCGCAAGGCGCUGAAGAUCGACGAUGUCUCCAUUCCUCCGCGAUUCCCGCCUCUCAGCCCGGAGCAGCUGGACCGGAUCCGCAGGAACAAGGAGGAGGCGCUGCGGAAGCUCGGCGCCCGCGCCAAGGUCGUCGUGCCUGCGGAGAUAGCGGAGUCCUGGAAAGCGGUGCUGGCGCCUGAGUUCUCGAAGCCCUAUUUCAUCCAGCUUAUGUCUUUCCUCGCUCAGGAGCGCAAACACUAUACAAUAUAUCCACCUGCUCAUCAAGUCUACACCUGGACUCAGAUGUGUGACAUCCGUGAUGUAAAAGUUGUCAUCUUGGGCCAAGACCCGUAUCACGGACCCGGUCAAGCCCACGGACUCUGCUUCAGUGUCCACAGACCAAUGCACCCCCCACCCAGCUUGGAUAACAUUUUCAAAGAACUUUCUACAGACAUAGAAGGCUUUACUCAUCCUGGCCAUGGAGACCUGACUGGCUGGGCAAAACAAGGAGUGCUGUUGCUCAAUGCCGUCCUCACCGUCCGAGGCUACAAGGCCAAUUCCCACAAGGAGAGGGGCUGGGAGGAGUUCACGGACGCGGUGGUGGGCUGGCUGAACAGCAAUUUGGACGGCCUGGUCUUCAUGCUCUGGGGAGCCUAUGCGCAGAAGAAGGGCAGCUGCAUCGACAGGAAACGCCACCACGUCCUGCAGACGGUCCACCCUUCGCCCCUCUCUGUGCACAGGGGCUUCUUUGGCUGUAGGCAUUUCUCCAGAACGAAUGAAUUGCUGAAAAAGUCAGGGAAGACGCCCAUUGAUUGGAAUGCCCUGUGAAUGGUUUGCAGCAGCCUCAGGACCAGAGCUGGGAACAAAUUGUGUCGUCUCUGUGGCUGGGAGAGUCUAAACGCUUGGAAAUAUUAUUUGGAUUUCCCUUCAAGGAUGUGAUUCUUAAUGAGCCUUUUUUAGUUUUCAAACCAGUAUCAAGGAGGCGUUCCACUGAGUUCUUCAUUUCUGUAAUAGAGGCAUUUGUUUUUGUGUGUGUUCUACUAGCACCUUCUUAUUUCUGACAGCAAAGAAGCUACUUUUCAUUUGGCCCGACUCAAAGGGUAUCUACUUAGCAAAGUUGUUUCUGAUAGCCAGAGCGAUGUCUUGUUCAUUCUUUCAAGCAUGUUGUUUCAUUAGUUGUAGUGUAAAAGUUGCAUCAGCUGCUGAGUUUUCACACUCAGAUGUUUAAUUCUGGAGGAAUUUAGUACUGUGUGGGUCUUGCGUUUUGAACAUGUGGGAUUUUAUGGGAGCUGCUGUCGGGAAAUUCUCCCUUCUACACCAGACCUGUGAUCUUCAGCACUAGCGUCAGUCACUCAGCCAGCUGUUCUCCCUACGUCACCAUCCCAAAAUGAUACUGACUAUGAGACUUGGAAGCCUUCACGGGAUGCACAAUUUCAAGUAAAAUUGUGCAGCCAUCUGUCAGCGAGGCGGUUGCUUGAAAAUGUGUUAGUUGGGAAGCUGACAGUUAAUACCUUCUGCCCACUGGGUGAACAGGCUCAUGUAAUAUUCUGCCCCCCCCCACAACCCCUUCCAAAUGUGGGGCGUGGAUGACUUACUCCAUCACAUCAGGCGAUCAGUCAGUGGUUGUAUUGCUCUACGGUGUGUCUGGUCCACUACAGUUGAUGGUGAAAUGUUUUGUUACGGGUAUUAGACAUGGAGUGUUACUGAGCUGUAUUGAUUUCUUUUAGAAGAAAGUUUGGUUUACUUUUCUAUGUGGAUGGCAUAAUAAGAUCAUCUGGACUAGUAUAUUUACUGAAAUUACUGCUUAUUUUUCUUUGUACCUGUAACACUAGUGCAAUGUUUUUUAUACUUACUGUUCAAGGUUUUUUUUUUUUAAAUAAAAAACUUUGAUAUAGUUC